AUGGCUUCACUCCAGCAUCAAGCGAGCCAACAACUACCCGGCGCCAAGGCCGAGCCGUCUGCAUCACAUAUCGCAAGCCAAUGGGAUGACUUCUUUCUAAAGUCAAGCAGAAAAGGCUCACCCGAAAACGUCAACAAAAUCUUCCAGAACGAGCACUGUGUGCUACAACUCGAUGGGGAUAAGAUCACCGAUGCGGACUUCCCACUUCGCGGCAGCAAGCAGGAAGCAGAAGGCACACGGAAGCAUCUGUUCGGAGUCCAUCUAAGUCACAACAGUCAGCAACCCGGCCUAUUCAUUGUGCAUGGAAAGGCGAAGCGACCGUCUACAACCGAGCCGAUCGACCUUGCGUUUGACUCUCCUGCAGUGUUGAGAGGUGCGACGGACCAAGCUGUGAGUUGUCAUAUGAUCUCGCGUUCUCAGUGCGGGGUCUUCAAUGUCAACCUAGCCAAGACAAAGGGUGAACAAGAAAAGAUGCUUGCUGGUUGGCCCAAGCUGUGUCUCACUGAUAUCCCUGAUCGGGAGUACACAAAUAUGAUCCUUGUUGAGCUCGAAGUCGUCUUCCGGGCUGAGCAAUACCCAGUCUGCCGUUUUCGUAGCGAAUCCGAUGAUUCGCCCACUGCGACAUUGCACAUCAACGCAUUACAGAACUGCAGGACAUUACGCCUCAUAACAUCUAUGCAGAAUCGUGAAGGCGCGCUUGACUGGUACGAAACCAUUUCGAGGCAUUGCAAGCGUCCAUUGAGGGAAGGCUUCGACGCAUUCUGGAGCUACCAAGAUCAAUAUGCGCGAAGCAUCGGAGAUUUUUCUGGCGGUCUGGCCCAGGCCAUGUAUGAUGCGUUCAUGUCCCAAAAGACUGUACCCGAGCUACCCAACUAUUUGUACGACAGCAAGACUCAAAAGAUCACAGACCUCGACACCUUUGCAUACGUCAGCCCGCCUGUAUCCCCAACGUGCGAACACGUCACCAGCAAGUACAUGAUCGCACUUUUGCGCGAAUGGCAACACAUGUCCGCAUAUUGCGAUUAUGUCUCCAGUUUGAGUCAUCUUGCGCCCAUCGAAGCAUGUCACUCAAACGGACUAGGUGAAACCGUUUACAGCAUCGGCAUCAAGUUCAGCCCGGGGGUAGACGAAAAGGUAGCUCCAGCACUAGGAAAUGAGUUCACCUGCGCACUCGAUCUUACGACAUCCAGCUCCAUCAUUUUCCCGAGCAGAGAAUCGCACUUGCGAGGUCACUGGAAAGAUCGUGGAGCCCAUGGAUUCCACGGAAUUCGACUUCAUCAUGGAGUGCUGUGUUGCGAGCUGGUCGGACAAGAACAACCUCGACUACAUUCUGUGUGA